GUAAGUUAAGAACAAACAAGAGAACUAACGAAAAAUGGCGGCGAUGUAUUCAACAAGACAGCUGCUGGCCGUAUGUGUCGUAGCUUUAUCAUUCUAUCUUUCACAUGGAAGAGUAAUUCCCAGCUUUAAAAUUAAAGCAGUUAAUCUUGGUGGUUGGCUUGUUACUGAAGGAUGGAUUAAACCCUCUCUUUUUGAUGGCAUCACCAACAAAGACUUCUUGGAUGGAACCGGGCUGCAGUUUAAAUCAGUCACAGUGGGGAAGUAUCUUUGCGCCGAGGCAGGUGGAGGAAACAUUAUUGUUGCAAACCGAACUUCUGCCUCAGGCUGGGAAACGUUUAGUCUAUGGAGGAUCAACGAAACCAAUUUCAACUUCAGGGUCUUUAACAAACAAUUCGCGGGUUUGGAUACCAAUGGCAAUGGGAUUGACAUAGUAGCUGUUUCUAGCACACCUGGAAGAUCAGAAACUUUUGAGAUUGUGAGAAACUCUAAUGACACAAGUCGUGUCAGAAUCAAAGCAUCCAAUGGAUUCUUCUUGCAGGCGAAAACAGAGGAGCUGGUGACAGCUGAUUAUACAGGUGACAGCAAAUGGGGAGAUGAUGACCCAUCGGUAUUUGUGAUUACCAUUGCUGGAGGGUUGCAAGGAGAGUUUCAAGUCACUAAUGGUUAUGGUCCCAAAUUAGCCCCGAAAGUUAUGAGGGAUCACUGGAGGACAUUCAUUGUUGAAGAUGACUUCAAGUUCAUAUCUCAAAACGGAAUAAAUGCUGUGAGAGUACCAGUUGGAUGGUGGAUAGCAAGUGAUCCCACGCCUCCACAGCCUUAUGUAGGCGGGUCUUUGAAAGCAUUAGACAAUGCCUUCUUAUGGGCACAGAAUUAUGGGUUGCAGGUUGUAAUUGACCUGCAUGCAGCCCCUGGCUCCCAGAAUGGCUGGGAACAUAGCUCUUCUAGAGAUGGCUCUCAAGAAUGGGGGCAAACAGAUGAAAAUAUACAACAAACAGUUGAUGUUAUAGACUUCUUAACUGCCAGGUAUGCCAAGAGCCCAAGCCUUUAUGCAGUUGAACUCAUGAACGAACCUCGGGCACCAGGAGCAUCUCUAGACAGUGUGACCAAAUACUACAAGGGCGGUUACGACGCUGUCCGCAAGCAUUCCUCAACAGCUUAUGUGGUGAUGUCAAAUAGGCUGAGCUCAGAUGAUUCAAGAGAGCUCUUUCCUCUUGCCAGUGGCUUAACCGGAUCUGUUAUUGACGUCCAUUAUUACAAUCUCUUCUCUGAUGUAUUUAACAGCAUGAGUGUUCAACAGAACAUUGAUUUCAUAAACACAAACAGGUCGGCCCAACUGAAUCACGUGACCACAUCAAACGGUCCUCUUACUUUUGUCGGAGAAUGGGUGGCAGAGUGGACAGUUCAAGGGGCAACGAAAGAGGAUUACCAGAGAUUUGCAGAGGCCCAGUUGGAGGUCUUUGGGAGAGCUACUUUUGGGUGGGCCUAUUGGACUCUAAAGAAUGUAAACAAUCAUUGGAGCCUGGAGUGGAUGAUCAAGAAUGGCUACAUCAAGAUAUAGAUUUCAACACGGAAUCUCCAGUCUAGUAGGUCUUCGAAAUAUAUAUAUAUAUUUCACAGAAAACAUGCAAUGCCUGGUUUAUAAGGUUAAAUAGCAGUUCCUCUUGGAUCCAAUUUUUGGAAUAAUAAUAAAUUUGAACAUCUUACUAAAAAA